AAGAAGAGUAGUAGCAUACCAGUGUGUACUGCCGCAAACCCUCUGCCCCACAGGAGCCUUAGACCACCACAGUCUAGCUCUUCAGUUACAUGGCAGGCUCCAAGCAUGCCUCGUCUUGCACCUGCAUUCUGAUCAUCUUGCUAGUGUCGAGCCACCUGGCGCCUUGCGAGGCGAGGAGGCUGAUGGCGGCGUCGGCGAAGAUCAACGGCGACGCCGCAUGCGAAUCGUCAGCGUGCCGCGCCGCGCAAGGCGCUGCUAGCGGCGCCGCGUCGACGUCGGAGAUGGCGAGCACCGACGGCCGUGGGACGGGCCAGGGGCACAGCCCGGGGAUCGGCAACAAGCUGCACGCCUCAGGGAACGGUCGCCGUUGAGCGAGACUAGGCGCAGAAUGCUGUAUGGGCACAGAGCUCUUGUUUAUACGAACUGUUCUCUUGAUUUGUAUUCCUCGGGUCGCUACGGAUGCAUGCAGAUGCAAAGCCUGGCGAGCAUGUGUGAUGUGCAUACCGUUUUAGAAAGAGAAGGAAAAACGUGUGACGUGUAUUUCCUGUCCACUGGAAUAAAGUUUGUCCGUUGCCUUCU